AUGGCCCAAGUGGUGCACUACGCCCGCGGAAAAGGCGCGGCGAGCGGUAACAGGACAUCGGGAGCACGUACACAGGUAUCCAAGUCGAAGCGCACGCACGAAGUAAGCGCUGACGAUGUGAUUAAGCCCGGCGCACUGCUGAAAUCGCUCCUGGACGACCCGGUGCGCUUUGUCGGAUCACAGCGCGAUGAGCUGCGUGCGGGGAUGACUGUGGAAGCGGCACGUGCAGCCAAGUACGAGGUAGUGAAUGACACCGAGCCAAGAGAGCGCGAGCGUGCGCGGCCCUCAUAUACCAAUGCAGACGAGGAAGAGCAGGAGGAGCAGGAGCAGGAGCAGGAGUGUGCCACAGGCAGCGUUGCUCCGCUGUACACACCCAAACUCUUUGCGCGGUUCCCACGCACGCAAAUGCACGCUGCUGGCCUGUACAAUCGUGGCAACACGUGCUACAUGAACAGCGUGAUGCAAGCAUUGCUGCACACGCCGCCGCUCGCUACAGCGAUGCUGACGCAAAGCCUGCCUGUUUUGCUAGGCCGGUACGGCAUCCCGCAUACGCCGAAGCAAGCGGUGAAAUUUUCCAGCAUGUUCAACGCUGUUGCCGCGUUAAAAGAAUUUUUUGAGCGUGCUUGGCAAAAUGGAGCGCACCCAGCGGCGACUGCGCCGUCACAGUUUAUCAACAAUUUGCGCAAGUUUGCAAAGCCGCUGCGGCCCGGACGGCAAGAAGACGCUCAUGAAUACCUGCGCUUGCUCCUCGAGGCAAUGCAGCAGGCCAGCAUAUGCUUUGCAAAAGAAAAACCAAAAUUUAACGACCCCGUGCUGUCCACGACUUUGGUGCAGAGCACCUUUGGCGGCAGGUUGCGUAGUCGUGUGACGUGCCACAGCUGCCGUCACAAUUCCGAUACCUACGACCCUAUCAUGGAUUUGAGUUUGGAUGUGCGCAAAGGCAUUAACAGCGUGAAGCAGGCGCUCGAUGUUUUUACUGCACCCGAAUCCCUUUCUGGUACGGAGAAAUACAGAUGUGACCAUUGCAAGAAGCGUGUGGAUGCGACCAAACGCUUCAGCAUCGAUGCGGCGCCGUUUGCACUCACGGUACACUUAAAACGCUUUGGCAUUUUCGGCAACAAGAUCAACCAUGCAGUUUCGUUUGGAGAACGCUUGCAUCUCGGUAAAUAUAUGAGCGAGCGAACAAAGGGUCUAGGCGCGGAUGAAGCGUCGCUCAGCAUGGUUGGUGCCGCGCAGCAGUACCGACUCUAUGCGGUCGUGCACCACUUUGGGAGCGGCCCCAACGUCGGUCAUUACGUUGCCAGCACCCGUGCGCCGGACGGUCAAUGGAUGCGGAUGGACGACUCGUGUGUCACAAGAAUGAGUCGCAGUCCACUGGACGACCCCAGCGCGUAUCUCUUGUUUUACCUGCGCGAGCCUGUAGGCCUCGAUGCGAUGGCGAAAUCGUUUGGUGCUUCAUCAGAGAGGCGCGCGGCGCUCACUUCUCCGGACAAGCGUAAUGCUGUCACUGCGCGCAAGCGCAAGAUGCAACCGCUGCUUGCGAACGAUGAAGACGUGCUGGGUGAACGAGUAGAGCGCGGCGCGUACGAAGCCCUUGUCAGUACGCACCGUGCGCCUCGGUACAGUGCUGACAGUGCAGACGAGGCGAGCGUGGACAUGGAACUUGCGGGGCUUGCCUCGCCAGCGUCUGCGAAAAAAUCGCGGCGCGAGCUUAAGAAACGCAAAAAACGGAGAAUGGCGCUGGAAUCCCAUAGUCCUCGACACUAA